UAGAAGUCUUGGCUACAAUACAAACAGUGAUGGAAAACACAUGAGCAGUAACAAGUUUUAAUCUCGCUCCUCAGUACUAACAUGGACUAAUCUGUGGAAGCAGUUUAUUCUAGUAUCACCCAGGGUGCAGCCACACCAGGACUGUGUUGAAAGGUGUUUUUUUCUUUUAAAUGUAGUAUCUCCUCAUCUUUUCUUCUUACACAGUUCCUGAGAACAUUUACAUUAUAGAUAACUAGUACAUGGUGGAUAACUUCUACUUUUAAGAGGACUACUCUCUUCUGACAGGAAAAAGCAAGCCUGUGUUGAGAUGUUAAAGCUGAUUUUUUGGUUCUGGGAAAUUGUAACCAGUUGGGACUUGGAGGGACUCGUCUUCUACACUAAGAUAACAUGAAGGAAUACGUGCUCCUAUUAUUCCUGGCUUUGUGCUCUGCCAAACCCUUCUUUAGCCCUUCACACAUGGCAUUAAAGAAUAUGAUGCUGAAGGAUAUGGAAGACACAGAUGAUGACGAUGAUGAUGAGGAGGAGGACAACUCUCUUUUUCCAACAAGAGAGCCAAGAAUCCCCUUUUUUCCAUUUGAUCUGUUUCCAAUGUGUCCAUUUGGAUGUCAGUGCUAUUCACGAGUUGUACAUUGUUCAGAUCUAGGUUUGACCUCCGUUCCAACCAACAUUCCAUUUGAUACUCGAAUGCUUGAUCUUCAAAACAAUAAAAUUAAGGAAAUCAAAGAAAAUGAUUUUAAAGGACUCACUUCACUUUAUGGUCUGAUCCUGAACAACAACAAGCUAACAAAGAUUCACCCCAAAGCCUUUCUAACCACAAAGAAGUUGCGAAGGCUAUAUUUAUCCCACAAUCAACUAAGUGAAAUACCACUUAAUCUUCCCAAAUCAUUAGCAGAACUCAGAAUUCAUGAAAAUAAAGUUAAGAAAAUACAAAAGGACACAUUCAAAGGAAUGAAUGCUUUACAUGUUUUAGAAAUGAGUGCAAACCCUCUUGAUAAUAAUGGGAUAGAGCCAGGGGCAUUUGAAGGGGUGACGGUGUUCCAUAUCAGAAUUGCAGAAGCAAAACUGACCUCAGUUCCUAAAGGCUUACCAACAACUUUACUGGAGCUUCAUUUAGAUUAUAAUAAAAUUUCAACAGUGGAACUUGAGGAUUUUAAACGGUACAAAGAACUGCAAAGGCUGGGCCUAGGAAACAACAAAAUCACAGAUAUUGAAAAUGGGAGUCUUGCUAACAUACCACGUGUGAGAGAAAUACAUUUGGAAAACAAUAAACUAAAAAAAAUCCCUUCAGGAUUACCAGAGUUGAAAUACCUCCAGAUAAUCUUCCUUCAUUCUAAUUCAAUUUCAAGAGUGGGAGUAAAUGACUUCUGUCCAACAGUGCCAAAGAUGAAGAAAUCUUUAUACAGUGCAAUAAGUUUAUUCAACAACCCAGUGAAAUACUGGGAAAUGCAACCUGCAACAUUUCGUUGUGUUUUGAGCAGAAUGAGUGUUCAACUUGGGAACUUUGGAAUGUAAUAAUUAGUAACUGGUAAUGUCCAUUUAAUAUAAGAUUCAAAAAUCCUUACAUUUGGAAUACUUGAACUCUAUUAAUAAUGGUAGUAUUAUAUAUACAAGCAAAUAUCUAUUCUCAUGUGGUAAGUCCACUGACUUAUUUUAUGACAAGAAAUUUCAACAGAAUUUUGCCAAACUAUUGAUACAUAAGGAUUAAGAGAAACAAGCAUCUAUUGCAGUUUCUUUUUUCAUACAAAUGAUCUUACAUAAAUCUCAUGCUUGACCAUUCUUUUCUUCAUAACCAAAAGACAUUCAGUAUUUAACACUUUGUUAUCAAGCAUAUUUUAAAAAGAACUGUACUGUAAAUGGAAUGCCUAACUUGGCAAAAUUUGUGCUCUUUCAUGUGCUGUUAGAAAAACAAAAUUAAUAAAGACAGAAGCCGGGCAUGGUGGCUUAUGUCUGUAAUCCCAUCACUUUGGGAG